AUGACGGUUGUAUGGGGGGUGCGUGGCUACAGUAGCAAUUUCAACUGUUGCCACUUUAAUGAAUCUUUUUUUUUCUUCUCUUUUCUUUUUAGACUGAAAGAUUGGAAGACCCGUUUGAGUUACUUCUUGCAACAUUCUUCCUCUCCUGAGAAGCCCAAAACCAGCAAGAAGAACAAACAGCAAACCUUCCUCAGGCCUUCUCCCGAGGAAGCACAGCUGUGGUCAGAAGCCUUCGACGAGCUGCUAGCCAGUAAAUAUGGUCUUGCUGCAUUCAGGGCUUUUUUAAAAUCUGAAUUCUGUGAAGAAAAUAUUGAAUUCUGGCUGGCCUGUGAAGACUUCAAGAAAACCAAGUCACCCCAAAAGCUGUCCUCAAAGGCAAAGAAAAUAUAUACUGACUUCAUAGAAAAAGAAGCCCCGAAAGAGAUAAACAUAGACUUUCAAACCAAAACUCUAAUUGCCCAAAACAUCCAAGAUGCUACAAGUGGCUGCUUUACGACAGCCCAGAAAAGGGUGUACAGCCUGAUGGAAAACAACUCCUACCCCCGUUUCCUGGAGUCAGAAUUCUACCAGGAUUUGUGUAAAAAGCCGCAGAUCACCACAGAGGCCCACGCUACAUGAGAUGAGAACAGGAACCCAGACGCGGAGGACUUUUUCAUUUUGUUCCUAAGGGGAAGGCUGCGACCUGCCCCGAAAGACUGACCUUGAAUUCAGCUUCAGCCUGGGUGUACGGGAGACCUCGCUCGGAACUGUUGAUUCAGAGUUGGGUGGUGAGCUGGGAAGCUGGCGGCCGACUAGGAGGGUUUUGUACCUCAACGGCCUCCACGACUGUACAGAAAAGAGAGAGAGAGAGAGCAGUCAGACUGGGGUGUGUCCCCCCUGGAAAAGCAGGAACCUGAGACUGAAAGAUACGAUGGGGAAGCUAUGGGUCCAAAAGCAUUUUUAAAAUCUACAGGUGUGGGAUCAUGUGGCCUUAGCUAGCUGGCUGUACAUCUUUCCUGAAAUCAGUCCGUGUUACCACAUUAGUGGCUGUAGUUUUAGUUUGUUUUAGUGCUGAGUUAAUGUUAACAUGUUUACUAUGCGCAAGCAUAUCCAAGUUCUUAUGUCUCAUAACACUAGAACUGAAGUGCUCUGUGUUCUUACUGUCCGACGGUGUGUCACAGAAUGAGUGCUGUUGUAUAGAAAAUAGUGUCAACUGUGAGUGCCAAAAACUGUCCCGAAGGCAGCUAAACUCUGAAGUGGUCUUUGCGUACUUUUAAUAAAUUUAUUUUGAUAAAUAA